GCACCUCAGCGUCGGUGCAACGAGGAAGUGCAACAACCGUGCUGCUCAAUUCAAAGUACGCCAUAAAUAUGGCGCCAAAAGAGUUUUCAAGCUAAAGCUGCACCGCUCUUUUCCUCUUCCACAUUUGUUUAGUCCCUCACUCUUUUUUUUAAGGAGGAGCGUGCAGGGCUGCCGAACGGAGGGGAACGUUCGUCUUGUGCACAACCGCGUCCAGCACCGUGCAGCCGGCCAGAGAGGGACGAGGAGGAGGUGGUAGUGUGUUUUGGAAGAAGCAGAGAAGAGGUGGGGGGGUUGCGAAACAAACUGCAAUAUUUUUGGGGACAUCGGUUUUUGACAAUCCAUUUUUGAACGCUAGUGUAUUUUCGUGCAAAAAAAAAAAAAAUGCGACAUGAUUGUUUCCAGUAAGCAGCAUGUCGUACCCUGCAAGCCGCUCAGCGCGCACUGAACGGCGGCGGCGGCGGCGACACCCCGGCCCCUCGGCUCCGUGACCUGGAGCUUCUCCAUUCUCCAUCUCACUCCCCCCCCCGAUUUUUUGUUUUCAUUUUCUUUGGAUUUCCUGGAUUUUUUUUCUAAACUGUCAAGGUGGGUGGGAGGGGGAAGACUCCUGUCAACCCAACGUGGAAGUUAAGCCAGAGGAACAUUUACAUGUUUUUGGAUCCCGAUGGUCUCCUAAUCGGUGGGACGCCCUCCCCAGCAGAACAAGAUGGAGAGCGAGACAAAGAGGAGGAAAUAUUCGACCAGCAGCAACGACUCGGACACCACCGACAGUCAGGUGACGUCGUGGUCCAGGUCGUCCAAGAACGCGGCCGCGGCCACCAGCAUCACGUGGGUACGACAUCAGCACAAGAAGCAUUCCGAGGUGUUUCGCACCGAUUUCAUCACGGCCAUGAAGCUCCCCGACUCUGCUCAGCUGGGCCCGGAUGACUUUUAUGUGUUGUCGGACCCUUGGAGGCAAGAGUGGGAGAAAGGAGUGCAGGUGCCCGCCAACCUGGAGGCCAUCCCGCAGCCGCUGGUCAGGCUACUGCCGGAGUCACCAAGUAGAACGUCCAACGAGGGCGACCCUUUGCCUCUUCCCGGCCAAGCGUACGGCUGCUACGACUUGGACGACACGGACGUGGCUUGGCUGGAACUCGUCAACCAAGAGUUUGCGCAGAUGGCGAUGCCCGAGCUGGCAGAGCUGACGAUGGAGCGCGUUCUGGUCGAGCUGGAGCGGGUGUGCGAGGAGAAGAUGCGGCAGGCCAUCGAGGCAGAGGAAGGCCUGGGCAUCGAGUACGACGAGGACGUGGUCUGCGAUGUCUGCCGCUCGCCCGAGGGCGAGGACGGCAAUGAGAUGGUCUUCUGCGACAAGUGCAACGUUUGCGUGCACCAGGCCUGCUACGGCAUCCUGAAGGUCCCGCAGGGCAACUGGCUUUGUCGGACGUGCGCCCUGGGCGUGCAGCCCAAGUGUCUGCUGUGCCCCAAGCGGGGCGGCGCCCUCAAACCCACCCGCAGUGGAACCAAGUGGGUCCACGUCAGCUGUGCCUUAUGGAUACCUGAGGUGAGUAUAGGUUGUCCGGAGAAGAUGGAGCCCAUCACUAAGGUGUCCCACAUUCCCGCCAGCCGAUGGGCUCUGUCCUGCAGCUUAUGUCGAGAGCACACCGGAACAUGCAUACAGUGUUCGAUGCCCUCGUGUAUUGUGGCCUUCCACGUGACGUGCGCCUUCGACCACGGUCUGGAGAUGAGGACCAUCCUGGCCGAGAACGACGAAGUCCGCUUCAAGUCUUUCUGUCUGGAGCACAGCGGCGGCGGAACGGCCCGACCCGAGCGGGCGCCCGAGCUCCCGGAACCCCGUUUGGUACCGUACAGUGUGUCCGAGAGGGCCGAGCGGGACCAGCUGGAGCGAGACAAGGUGAGCCAGCGGAAGCAGAAGCUCCAGGAACUGGAGGACGAGUUCUACCGACUGGUGGACCCCGGCGAGGUGGCGGAGAACAUGGCGCUGCCUGUCACGCAGGUGGACUUCCUGUACCAGUUCUGGAAACUGAAAAGGAAGGCCAACUUCAACCAACCUCUGGUGACUCUAAAACGAGACGAGGUGGACAACCUGGCCCAGCAGGAGCAGGACGUCCUCUACCGAAGGCUCAAGCUUUUCACACACCUCCGACAAGACUUGGAGAGGGUGCGUAACCUGUGCUACAUGGUAACACGGCGGGAGAAGAUGAAGCACAGCCUGUGCGACCUCCAGGAGAAGAUCUUCCACUUGCAAAUACAACUGCUGGAAGAAGACAUGGCCGGAGAGAGAGCCCAGAAGGGAGGUGGAGGUGGAGGAGGAGGAAAGCUGAGUGCAGGGAAGGAGAGCAGGAGGAAGAAUAGUCCUGACAAAGGAAAGGAAAGAUGGAAGUCAGACAGUGACUCGCUGCUUAAGGAGAUAGGUUUGUCCAAGUCCUUCCCAUUGGACAACCCGUUGUUCGACAGCUGGCUGGCUCAGUCUGUGCAUAUCACAGCCGACGACAUGCUCACCAAGUGGGCUCUGGGUCCACAGCACAGAGACAAGAGUGGUAGCCUGCUGUCCGACCAGCUGCUGCAGGGUGAAGAGAGUUUGCUCAAUCUGAUGAUGGAAAACUCAAUGGAGUCCACGUGGAAGACGCCCCAGCUAGGUCGCAAAUCCAGAGGCAACUGCAAAUCCCGCGCCCGCGGACACACGGCCACCUCUGGGACCGCACCGCUGCCGCCACGGACACUUCUAUCCGCCGGCUCAGGUUCCGGCGCCUCUGCCGUAAAGGCCGCGUGGGCGGGCAGAGGGACGGAGGAAAAGCACGGCGCCCGCAAGGGGUCCCGAGGUUCCUCCAGAGUCCUCCAUCACCACCUCCACCGUCACCACACCAGGAGUUCCGACCUGCAGCCGCCCAUCUCCAAAAUGGACUCCUGCCACAUCUCUGAGGACAGCGGGCCGUGGGGCAGCAAAAGCGCCACGUCCAGGCUGCCGCCCGUCGCGCCGUCCCCACGGCUGCGCAUGUCACGCCAAGUUAAAUCUAGAGGGCGAGGCGGCGGCGGGUCAGCGUCCGAGCCCAAGGACGAGCGUUUGCUCUACGGCGACGGUUACUUUUCCGACGGCGAGCAGGAUGACUUGGACACGCGCCCUGGCGACGCACGUAAACUCCGCCUGGCGCAGUUGCAUUCCGGGAAGGAGGACCUGCUGAGGCGGAGCGUCAUGGCGUCCUAAGGACCCUGAACGCAUCACAGACAUGCUAGCGCUCUCGCUAGCCGACUCUCUCCACCUGUGCCCUGAGCAUUCUUUGAAUGUAGCCACUAGCCUCCUCGCGUGUCACCGCUAGGUAACGAACGAAAAUAGGAAACAGGCGUUCGUUUUUUUUUAUCCGAUUUUUGCGCGUUGAAAGACUUCGUUAUUGUAGUCUUUGUGGCAUUCUUCUAAAUAGCGUAACCAAGGCUGGUUUCAGGGUCUUCUUUGAAUAGCAGAUGGCGUCGGAAAGCACAAGUAUAGUGUUAUUAGCACUGGCUGGUUUACGAAAAAAAGACGCUUGGUCGUUUCCACGUGGAUGAAGAGUUGGAGUUAGAAAGAUAAGAACGUACAAAACCAUUCUUCCUUAUUCAAAAUUCCAUUUCUUUGCCUGGAAUAAACUCUGUGCCUUCUGUCGCACCCCCUCCCCUCAAAGACCCCGCUCCUAGCCAAACAAUUGCCGACCAAUCAGCUGUCGCCCAAUCCGAUUUAGAACAAUCAAUGCGAAUGUGUCACCUUAAUCAUUUUAGAGUGCCUGAACAGAGGAUGUACGGACAAUAUUUUGCCAUUUUUCACGCCCUAUCAUCAGAGGUGUGUUUUCAACGUUGUGCAGUGCCAGUUAACAGCCUCUAGAGGGCAGCAUUUAGCACGUCCGACUUCCUGUUCCAUUUACUUUAGCCAACAGAUCACGUGGCUAGGCUAACGAGGCUAAACUCCCACGUAAUGUCGACCAAGUUUGUCCGACAAUUUGUGCGAUUUAAAAAAAAAAAAAAGAAGACUUUGCUGUUUUUGUAUUGAAGGACGUCUGUGGUUAUCUCAGGGGUUUUAAGAAAAAUGGUUAAAAUAAUGUCUCUAACUUGACUGAUGUUUUAUUUUUUUGCAUAAAAAUUAAACGAUUCCGCUAGCAACCGCUAACGUAUCUAUAUGAAUAUAUAUAUAUAAAGAAAGCGACGCGUGUAUGUCGAAAACUUCCACUUUGGACGACUACUGAGCACUCGGUAUGGUCAUACGACCAUAAUGCCGAGGCCAAUCAGCUGCGUGGGCCCAAUUUUUACGUCCUGUAUUGUUUUUUUUGUGUCGCUCCGCAAUUCCGACGCGAUGUUUCAAAACGGCGUGUUACUGCUGAACUGACGAUCACACACUCAUUUAAGGCAGGUUUGGUGUAACAGGGUUUGAUGAUACGACCAGGCGUCAGCUAUCGAGUGUAUGCGUUGCGGACGCUACAAAUACGUUCCCGAAGCGUUCCUGAUGCUUCUGUAUGUUCGUACAAAACUCCUGGAUGUGCCCCUGACACUCCCGUAUGCAUUCCUAAUGUCUCCAUGUCCUUUCUUGACGCUCCGGUAUGCGAAGCCAAUACUCCUAUAUGCGCUCCUUCCAAGAGUCUUUUGUUAUUAAUAGUACUGCUGGCAACAAGAAUGACAACUUUUGAUGUUUUCUGUGUAGACAGCGAAGGUCGUAGCACGUAGUAGUGAUAAGACACGGUGGUUAUGUCUUGUCAGUGUACACAAACCGCUAUCAGACAAUAUUUACAGUGUGGCGGUCACGCCCUCUCCUUCCUCGCAAACUAGCUUCCUAGGCAAAUGUAGACAAGAGGGAAUCUUUGCCUCCUGUGUCGAGUAGAUGCUAAGUAACUGUCGUGUGCUACUUUGGAUUUGUUGUUGGCUGUGACGUUCAGAUCAUAUUCCGAUCUUUUUUCAAAUAACUUCUAUUUCUUUUUCAUCGAGGGAUUCUGGUCAUGUGACACUUGUUUUAAAAACUGAAAUCUCUGACCACGUGAAAACACAUUCAACAGGUAGCACUAUAGCUCGAAGAAAGUCAUUUGGGGAAUAGAUUUGACAAUGGUUAAAGCGUGGAGGGAAAACGAGAAUAAUAUAUGUGGACUGAUAAAUGAUUUGAUGGCACUUCUGAAUACACAAUUUCAACUUCAUCUUGUCAUCGGUAGCGUUUUGCAACAAAGCGCCCAUAACAGGUUGAAAUGCUAACCUCAUUGUGAGCUCCUACUCUAUUUAAGACAACCGGUCUAGUGACUCGCUCCUGCCCUCUUGAGGCACAAAGUGUUAUUACAAAUUCGUUUGCCUUUGGCUUUUGCAUAUUUUUUACCUUUAAUCAACUACAAUUUUCAGGUUAUAAAGCAAAGAAUUUCACGCGCUUAUUUGUUUACUUAGUAUUACACUUUAGUUUGCUUUAAUCCAGUUGGUCCCCCCCUCGGGUCCGGUUCAGCCAACCAAAUCAGCCACUCGGUGACAUUAUCAUAGCAACUAGCAUGUAAACCGAGACUAGACACAUUAUAGACUUGACGGUUUAGCAUGUUAGCAUGUCAUCAUGAACGUGUAGUAUUUUCUGCCUCGUUUUCUUAGAUAAAAAGAAUAAUUUGCAUCUGGUUAUUUGCUGGCAUAAUUUAGCCCAGGAUGUUUUUGUCCACAUGGGUAUUAAAUCAUCAAAAAAGAAAUAAAAGGGCAGCGUCGAGACGCAUUAGAGCGCACUUGCAAUUUUUAUGAACCGAACCCUGGGGGGGGGUCAUGGACCAAGUUUACAAACUCAUCACCUGAUUCUGACCAGAAAAAGAAAGCACCUCAACUAAACAUUUAAAGCAGCACUUAAUCCAGAUCCAAAUCUGAAUCCUUAAAAAAAAAAAAAAAUCCUCUGCUGCAUCAAAAGCUUUUUUUUUUUUUUUGUUCAACAAAUGAAUAUGAAUGUCGCAGGGGUUUUAUCCUUCUGUCUUCUUUUUAUUUCGAAAGAAUGUUGUGCCAUUUGUGAAUAGCAAAGAGAACUAUUGAACAUAUAUGAAAAGAAGAAAAAGCUAUUUUAAAUUAUUUUUUAUCUUUCUCUGGCAUUUUGUUUUGCUAUAUUUAUUUUCUUGUAUUAGAGUCUUCUUUGUAGGAGGGCGGGACAACUUUAAAAACAAACAAACGUGUAUUUUUCCUUAGCGCGAGAAGCCUAUUUUCUUCCUUUUUGUACAAUUUGGAUGUUUGGAGCGAGACUUUGACAAGCAAUAUGAUGAUGUCCUUCCUCUGUGACUGUAUAUCUGCAUGCUCUUUGUGUGUUGCCUUAACCAUGGCUGCCCCCCCCCCCCCCCUCCUUUAAAUCCACCCCAAAUCCCUUUUACCUGGUGGCGCCCCACCUGGUCCGGUCCAGUGCAGUCCAAUAAAAGCAGUGCUUUCUGUGUACUCCCACAACCUUUGCACUCGUCUUCUUCCGCA